AUGGCCAUCACAUCCUCAGCUGAGGUGCAGACAUUACUCCAGCAGAUGCAGGACAAAUUUCAAACCAUGUCUGACCAAAUCAUUGGAAGAAUCGAUGACAUGAGCUGCCGCAUCGAUGACCUGGAGAAGAACAUCGCCGACCUCAUGACACAGGCGGGGGUGGAGGAGCUCGAGGGAGAGAACAAGACCCCGGCUUCCAACAAGGGUUAAAGUUGCCAAUAACUCAAGAUGAAUCGUGGAAGAUGACUUUUUCUUUUUUUUUUCUACAAAUCCUUGGAAUUAAAGAAUGGCUUUUUGCAACUCCUGUGUGUAAAAGCAUUUUUAUAUUGUUACAGAGCUUGCAUUCCUAAUGUACAUUGUAUAGUUGGGGUAGGGUAGUUUCUAUUUUGGUCUGUGUACUGUAAUUUCMCUUUUUGAAUUCUUGUUAUGAGGAUCACUCGGUUGUGUUAUUAAAACACAGAUCUUACGGAUCUCAA